ACCGUCCGAGAGGAUGGGAGAACCGGAGAGAGCUGGAACCGUAUCUAUUACAACCCAGGUGGAUCAAAUACUCAAAAGGAUUGGAGCGAACAGCAAGGUGGAGGGCGUGGUGGUAAUCAACAAUGAAGGAAUCCCUAUAAAAUCUACACUAGACAGUACAUCUACUGUUCAGUAUUCGGCGGAGAUAUCCCAGCUGGCGGAGAGAGCGAAGUGCUUGGUUCGUGAUCUAGAUCCAACCAAUCAUCUGACCUUUGUCAGGAUUGCAUCAAAGAAGCAUGAGGUUCUAGUUGCUCCUGAUACAGAUUAUAUUAUGAUUGUUCUACAAAAGACGAAGAAGUCCAGUUCUGAUGAAUAAACCAUGAUACAAUAUAUUUCAUUCAAUUCAAAUAAACGAUUUCUGAUUUUUAAUAAAAUUUAUCGAAAUAUUUACCAAACAUUAUUAAUAAACCACAUUAUUUGU